AUGACCACUAAAGUUGGCCAUCUUCUGGCGAAGGUGCUCGGAAUCGAUCUGGCAUCGAAUACCGACCCAUACCUUCGUGAUGGAUCAGAUACUGCUGGCCAUUAUGUCGAAACAGAGCCAACAGCCGGCGAAUGGCUGCGCGAGCUCGUACCAUCUCGUCGUCAAAUUGGUCGCUAUUUCUACGACUUGUUCCCUUUUCUUCACUGGAUCAUGAGCUACAACAUGCAGUGGUUCAUCGGUGAUCUGAUCGCAGGUGUUACUGUCGGAGCUGUGGUGAUCCCACAAGGCAUGGCAUACGCCAUCCUAGCCAAGUUACCUGCCGAAUAUGGACUAUAUUCCUCCUUCAUGGGCGUGUUAAUAUACUGGUUCUUCGCCACAUCAAAGGAUAUCACCAUCGGUCCGGUGGCCGUCAUGUCCACCUUAGUUGGAACCAUCAUCAUCGAAGUGCAAAAAGACUACCCUGACGUCGACGGCCCAACGAUUGCCGGAGCCCUUGCCAUCAUCUGCGGUGCGAUCGCGACCUUCAUUGGCCUGUUCCGUCUCGGAUUCAUCGUCGACUUCAUCCCUCUUCCUGCGAUUACCGCCUUCAUGACCGGAUCUGCGAUCAAUGUGUGCGCCGGACAAGUCAAGACAGUCUUGGGAGAAACGGCUGAUUUUUCUACCCGUGGAUCGACAUACAUGGUCAUCAUCAAUACCUUGAAAUAUCUGCCUACCUCGCAGAUGGAUGCUGCCAUGGGCUUGACGGCACUUGCCAUGCUGUAUGCCAUCCGCGCGGCAUGCAACUAUGGAACCAGGAAAUACCCUCGGAAGGCGAAGCUCUUCUUUUUCCUGAAUACCCUUCGCACGGUCUUUGUGAUUCUGUUCUAUACGAUGAUUAGUGCUGCAGUCAACCUCCAUCGUCGCAACAAUCCGGCAUUCAAGAUGCUGGGCAAAGUUCCUUAUGGGUUUCAGCAUGCGGGCGUUCCCAAAAUUAAUGUUGAUAUUAUCAAGACCUUUGCAAAAGAGCUGCCGGCAGCAGUGAUUGUCUUGGUGAUAGAGCAUAUUGCUAUCUCAAAAUCCUUCGGUCGCGUCAACAACUACACCAUCAACCCUUCCCAGGAGUUCAUCGCCAUUGGCAUCUCAAACCUCCUCGGGCCCUUCCUAGGUGGCUACCCUGCCACUGGUUCGUUCUCUCGGACUGCGAUCAAAGCCAAGUCCGGUGUACGGACGCCGCUGGCCGGCGUCAUUACCGCCAUUGUUGUUCUGCUUGCCAUCUACGCCCUUCCAGCUCUGUUCUUCUUCAUUCCCAGCUCAUCACUUUCUGCUGUUAUCAUUCACGCCGUCGGCGACUUGAUCACACCACCUAAAGUCAUCUACCAAUUCUGGCGCGUGUCACCUCUUGAUGCUGUCAUUGCUUUAAUCGGAAUCAUCGUCAUUAUCUUCUCCAGCAUCGAGGACGGCAUCUACUGCACAAUCUGUAUCUCGGUUGCAGUCCUGUUAUUCCGCGUCGCCAAGGCCCGCGGUCAGUUCCUCGGCCAGGUUCAGAUCCACUCCGUCAUUGGCGACCACCUUGUAGAAGAGACCGGCUCGGCCAAGGAAUACAGCACUACCGCUCAGCUUUCCAGCUCCGAUUACAAGCGCACCUCUAGUCGAACUGUCUUCCUUCCCCUGAAACACACCGACGGUUCCAACCCGACCAUCCCCAUCACCCAGCCCGCACCAGGCAUCUUCAUCUACCGCGUCUCCGAAGGCUUCAACUACCCCAACGCCAACCACUACACCGACAAUCUGGUCGAACACAUCUUCGAAUCUACCCGACGCACUAAUCCAUCCUUAUAUGCAACCCCCGGCGACCGACCAUGGAAUGACCCGGCCCCUCGCAAAAGCAAGGCCGAACAAAUCGCCAACUCCACAGAAAAGCCUUUGCUGCGUGCAGUCAUUCUGGAUUUCUCCGCCGUCAACAACGUCGACGUGACCUCGGUUCAAAAUCUGAUCGAUGUCCGGAGCCAACUAGACCGGUACGCCGCCCCGGACCGAGUCCAGUGGCACUUCGCCCAUAUCAACAACCGAUGGACCAAGCGGGCUCUCGCUGCCGCGGGAUUCGGUCGGCCUUUGGAUGUGCCUGAGUUCAAGCCAAUCUUCAACAUCACGGAGGCAGUAUACUCUGGAGAUAGUUCGGACCAGCGCGCCAGUGAUAUCGAGUCGCAAGCCGGCGAUCAAUUAAAACAGAGCAAGAGUCGGGAUGACAAGAACGCCGGAGUCCUGAGUAUACGGGAGAUGGACGAGGCAGCCAAGGGCUCGGAGAGGACAGCUGUGCAGCGACGCGGAGAUGGCAAGCCGGCGGUGGUGACCGGGGUGAACUUGCCAUUGUUCCAUAUUGACUUGAAGAGUGCUCUGGAAUGUGCGAUGGCAUCGGUGUCUGAUACUCCGGCCAAGGUGCAUGCCAGCUAAUGUGGUUUUCGUGUUAGAAUUUCGUACAUAAUUUUUAGUUAGACAAUAUUUCGCCUAUUUAUACACACUCAACCAUAC